AUGCCAGAGAAGAACCCUCCUGUAUUGGAUAAGUAUGAUGGCUCGACAGAUCCCGACAAUCAUCUCAGGAUUUUCACUAAUGCAAUGGUGUUCUACACGGACAGUGAUCUGGUUAUGUGCAGAGCCUUCUCCUUAUCACUCAAGGACGAAGCAUUAGAGUGGUAUAACACUCUUCCCUCAAACAUAGUGGAUUGCUUCGCCACUAUGGAAAACCUUUUUAGAAGGCAAUACGCCUCCAAUCGUAAUCAGGAAGUAACACCAGCGGAAUUGGUAAAUACUAAACAGGAAAAGGGAGAAAGUUUGAAGGCCUUUAUGAAAAGGUAUAUGGAAACUGCACGACGAGUUAAAGGGGUAAGUCAAUCUUUUAUCAUCACCAAUUUGCCUUCAUGUCUAAAACCAGGGUAUUUUGCUAAAAAAUUGUAUGCACGACCGCCAAAAACUAUGGAGGAGCUCCAAGAACGAGUAACUGAAUUCAUCCGCAUGGAGGAUAUGCGAAUCUCACAAAGAAAGCGACAACAAGAAGCUGAGGCAAGUGGAGGUAGAAAGGACGGUAAACGACCGUUCGGCAAUAAUGGUAAAAGCGGGGAGUUUUCCCGAACAUUUAAGUUUAAUCAUUAUACAACCCUUAACGCACCUAGGGCAAAAGUUCUUGAAGAAGCACUAAACGUUGAACUUCUCACACUCCAAACGAAACCAUCUCCAAGAAAUGUAGAUGAAAGGAAGAGCUAUCAUUUCCAUCAGAAUCAUGGACAUACUACAGAAGAAUGCAUUACGUUGAAAAAUGAAAUAGAAAGUCUCAUUCGGGCAGGACAUCUCCGUAAGUACAUACAGGAAACAAGAAGAAGUCCCGAACGGACGUAUCAGAAUAAUGAACGGAGGCGAGACUAUAAUCGCAGUCCUGGUCGUCAUCGUGAACGAUCGGUUCACAGAGUUAUAAACUGA